AUGGGCGGCAUCCCGUACGCAGACCUGUGCAAGGAAAAGGUCCGUGAGGCCUUCAAGGAGAUGAAGAAGAACGAGCACAUGGCCAAGGGCGAGUUUGACCAACAAGAAGCAACAAGUGGCGGGAGCAGAGCCGAAAACCUCACUCUCCCUUGCCACACGCGCGUUUCAAGCUCCUGCCCCCGAAAAUCCGCGCAUACAAAAGAUCGAAAAUCCAAUCGGCACUGUCCCGUGAACUACUCAGAACAGCCAAUGGUUUGGCCAUGA